GUAAUGUGGGUCUUUCCUGCUUACUUUGUGAAUAUGUGGACCAAAAAAGAGAAAAUAGCGAAAUAAACGACGUAGAAAGUAGAUAACGAGUGAGAGAGAGGGAUAAAGGAAUAAAGAAAUAAAAAUAAAAGUAAAAUAGAGGGAGAAAUGAGAAGUGUGAAGAUGGUAAAAUGAUCUCAAACUCGGACCCCGUAGAACCAGUCACGGCAACCGCCACCGCCACCGCCGGCGCCGACGACGCCACCGUCUCAACAACCGCCUCUUCUUCCAAUGAAGAUCAGCCUGCACCGCCGGCGGCACCAAACAUUGUGAUGUCCUCCAAGGAUCACGAUUCUCUCUUCAGCGGUGGCGGCAUCAGCUUUCUCUCUGGAAGCCGAAAUGGAAGGUUCAGCUAUGGAUAUUCCAGUUUCAAGGGUAAAAGGUCAUCAAUGGAGGAUUUCUUUGAGACCAAAAUAUCAGAGGUUGAUGGUCAGACAGUUGCGUUUUUUGGUGUUUUCGAUGGUCACGGAGGUUCCCGGACUGCAGAAUAUCUGAAAAACAAUCUGUUUAAGAAUUUGAGUAGCCACCCUAACUUUAUCAAAGACACAAAGACUGCUAUAGUUGAAGCAUUUAAACAGACAGAUGUUGACUACCUCAAUGAGGAAAAGAGGCAUCAAAGGGAUGCUGGGUCAACUGCAUCAACAGCUAUGUUGUUGGGGGACCGGAUUGUUGUUGCAAAUGUUGGUGAUUCCAGAGUGGUUGCAUCUAGAGCUGGUUCAGCUAUUCCUUUGUCUAUCGAUCACAAACCUGAUAGAUCUGAUGAACGUCGAAGGAUUGAACAGGCUGGGGGAUUCAUAAUUUGGGCUGGAACAUGGAGAGUUGGUGGUGUUCUUGCUGUUUCCCGUGCGUUUGGAGACAAAUUUCUUAAGCCCUAUGUUGUUGCUGACCCAGAAAUUCAGGAGGAAGAAAUUAACGGAGUUGAUUUUAUUAUAAUUGCUAGUGAUGGCCUCUGGAAUGUCAUAUCAAACAAGGAGGCCGUGUCUUUAGUACAAAAUAUCACAGAUGCAGAAGUGGCGUCCAGAGAACUUAUAAAAGAAGCUUAUGCACGAGGAAGCUCAGAUAACAUCACCUGUGUUGUUGUUCGAUUUGAUCUAUCCUGAUGUGGCUAUAUGCUUUAGUCUUAAACACCCCGAUUGGCCAACGAACCCCAACCACCCAAACUGGAAGGUAUUGUUGACGUCUGCAUGCUCAAACCUAAGAAUUUGUUGUAAGUCUGACAACAUAUCUUAUCAAAAUAUACUAUAAUACUCGUGGUCUUUGAUGGAAAUUCUGCCUGCCUCAUAUUCAUUAUACGAAGAUCCAAUGUACAGUUUUAGGAGUUUUUUUUAUAUUUUUUAAACAGUUUUAGGAGUAUUGGACUGUAGUGAACUUGUUAAAAUCUUAAAAAUGUUGAAUUCAAGUGUUUGAUUACUUCUCAA